AUGCAGGCAAAUGAACUGGAAGAUUACAUAAUUUCAGUUACAUCGGCAAUUCAAAGAACAUGUGAUGAGCUGCUCCCAAGGUCAACUGGUCGAAAAUACCGCUGCCCUUGGUGGACAGACGAACUUGAAAGUCUCAAAAAACAAGUAAUACGCAACAAUCAUAACAUACAAAAACUUCGCCGACAAAAUAAACCACUUAAGGACGCCCUUUUGGAAAAAGAACUCUUAAAAACUGCUUAUUCAAAAACCUUUAGAGAAACUUCCACGCGAAAUUUCAGAGACUUUUGUGAAAGGCAAAGGAAGGAGGAUGUGUGGUCCGUUACAAAUAGAAUAAUCAAAUCAAACCCACCUCCGCUACCACCAGCCACACUAAAGAAAUGCGAUGGUACAUACACCAACUCUAGCCUCGAAACCGCCCAAGCUCUUCUUAAUAAGUUUUUUCCCGAUGAUGACAUAAAUGAUACACCACUUCAAGAAGAAGCUCGGAAAAUUGCAAUUACCGUACCUAAUACUCAAGAUGAAUGA